AUGACGUCCCGCGGGAGUCCGUUGACAGCGCUGGCGACAUUCAUUUUUCCAAACAAACGACCAGACGACAUUUGCCCGACAUCUUCUCAACUCUUGCCUUUUUUAGGCUAUACUGGAACUGGAGGCUGGGCUGGUAUGGUUUUUGGUCGGUUUUUUGAAGAGGUAUUUGGAAAUUGAACGAUUUCUUUAAAACGAUGAGGAGGAGCGAAUAAGGCGCAAGAGAAAUAAGAUUUGAGGCGUUUGAGAAAAUUUUGAUCCUGAAUGAAAUUUUUAGAGAAUGAAGUUUAGGAAUAACUUGCCAGUAGUUCGAAAUCUAGAGGAAAACUUGGAACUUUUUCGAAUUUGGAAACAGUUCUUCUGGGAAUCGUACUAAUGCUCGCAAUAGAGUUACAGUGCAAGACCAAAUGUUAACCUUUUCCAGAAUAGGUACUCAAACUUUGUUGCAAAAAAAUAUUAAGUGAAUAAAAUUUCUACAAAAAAACUUGCUUUUUAAAGCUCCAGAAGUCAAAUACUUCUCUCAGAGGGUCAGAAAAAAGCCAAAAAUUGGUUUAUUUUGAAAAUACGACAACAGUGAUCAGUAUUGUUUGUCUACAUUAGGAAAAUCGAGAAGGUCACGAACACAUAGACAAAUGGAAAAUUGAUUGAAAUAAAUCGAGCGAUGAAAAAGUUUGAGAGUUCCGUUCUCACUUGGCCGGGCCGCUUUUUAGGCAGCCAACUUUUCCUCCAGUGUUUUCCUAGUUGAGGUCCAGAAUGGCCCCUAGAAAUAAAUCUUACUUUAACAGUUGCCAACACUCCCUGAGCCACACCCAAAACUACCUCCUGAGCUUAAAACUAAAUUUUAUUCCAUAUUUUUCAGAAUUUUCGCAAGUCCUGCUGGACUCUUUAUGUUCCGUUCAUACUUGGGCCGUUCAAUUUUUCUCAAUCCGACGUCGUGCUUCAUAAAUACUUCAACUUUCGAACUCUUCCAUCUCUAAUAAUUUCAAAAAAAAGACGCUUUAAAAGAAAGAGCUUCUUGACCCCCAGAAGUCAAAGACGGCAAGGAUAAAUUCGGUCUCAAGCGCAAAUUGAAAUUUCAUCGGUCUCUCUGCGAAAAUCAGUGUGCCGGAGGGCGACAUCGCCCCCAGGAGAGUGAUAGUUCUAAUCCGUUGCGCCGCCGGCCACAAAUUCAACAAAAGGCGUCCCGAUGUCGUCGUGCGACGUGAAGAGUCGCUAUCGGCGUUCGGCAUCUGCCGCGCGCCAUUUGUCGCCGGCUUCGCGAAGCUUUGCCCUUCCAAGGCUUCUCGCGCCAAGACCGUCAACUCUGAGGCUUUUCUUCAGAAAAAAAAAAGUUUGUUUAGCUAUUUGAAACAUGCUCGCGAUGGUCAUUUGAGUGUCAUGUUGGUCAUCGUUUCAGGGAGUUUCCAUUUCUGGCUGAAAACUUGGGAAACGAACAAUUCUUCUGUUCCUGGUUAAAUAGGAAACUAAUUGAAACUGAAUAAGUAGGACAAACAGGAAAAGGUCUUCCAUUGUCUUUAAGUUGGAAAAACAAGACAAAAAAACAUUAUUCGAUCGCAAAACUUGAGCACUGAUAUAAAAAAAUAAUCACUUUCAUUUCUAAAUCAAGAAAUUUAAAUAUUCAAAAGUGACUAUUUUUACGUGAGGCUCAACUUUCGAUCUUAGAAUUGAUGUUCUCGGACUGAAUUUUUGGUAUUGCCAAGACGUAGAAAGAAAAAUUUACUGAAACAGUUCUCGUUAUUGUAAAGAGUGAUUACCAGCUGGUUCGGAACAAAAAAUCUCAAAUUUUCAUCAGCUCUUCUUCAUUUACCGAAACAGAUAAGUGAUGAAAAAUUAAUCGAAAAUAAACCUUGAAGCGCACUUAUCAUUGAUUUCAAUAACUUAAUAAAAAAUCAAAAUGAACAACCCCUUCCUUGAAAUGCAACAAAAGCGAGAAAGACAUAAAUCAGGAUGGCUCACGAUUAUCUAAUAGAGCAGCGCUGCGCGACACGUUUCUUGGCGCAUUUCGACGAUUCGUCUUCAUCUUCACGGAAAUUCGCCGCGAUAAGGAUGGCGCGUUUGCAGCUCCUGAGGAUGGUCAAAUGGAUGAGAGGCUGUUGGGAGAAGUUCAUUCAUCAUUUUGCUACAAUUCGACUAGUAAGUCUAGUUGGGAGUUGACGAAUGACACUUUUUUAUGGGGGCGGAAAGAGAUCAACAUCUCGAACUUUCUUCAAAACUUUAUGAAAAAUCUUGACCUCAUGAAAAGGUUUUGAUGAUCUAGGAAAAGAAAGCGCUAACUCUAUUUUAUCUCAAUAUUCAUCAAACAAAAAAGGCUAGAGAAAACAUUCCAACCGUCACGCCUCCAGCCAUUCCACAUGCGGCCACAAAGUUCCAAGUCUGUACUGACAAAACCCUCUAAAUAAAUACUCCUCCCAACUCAAUCUUUCUACUCGAGCUUUGAUCAAAUUUCAAUCUUUUCCACAACUAAUCUCCCCAGCAAGAUUAAAAAACGAUAUUCAUCGCAGAAAUUAAUGACUGGGAUUUGGUUGUUCAUUUUCCGAAACGAGAGGUUGGAGCCAGGAUUAGCGAUAAAGAGAUGGAAAAAUCGGUUCUUCCAACCUAAAAUUAGAAUGUGAACAUCAAAAGAAUAGGCUGAGAAUAUUGGAUACUGAUCACAAAAAAGCGAUAGUUUGAGUGUUCUUAGGAGCAAAAAAUUAUAUUUCCUUUAGGUGGAACUUUAGAGCAAAAAUGGGAAACUUUCUUUGAAAAUACUAUUCCCGUUUCAGAACUUCUUGUGUUCGUUUUCAAAAUUCCAUGGAAAAAAAGUUAAUGUUAUCAAAAACGUGAUGAGAAGAUUUUUUCAUAAAACUUAUAAUUUUCAAUAUUUUUCAAUGUUCGAAAAUUGAAAAAAUGUUUAAUUUCGAAAAUUCUCAAGCUUUUUCCAAGGCUUGCUUGGUAAUUAGCGGUUAGGAAUUUUUUGAAAAAUGUCCAGAACACUUCUUGAUGUACCGAAAUAAGAUUUUAGAAGUCUCAACCUGCACUAGUUAUAUUUAACUUGGAGGUGAUCUUUCUCAAGUACUAGAAAGUUGUGCAGUUGAAACUCUCCGGACGGAAAGUAGAAAAUCAAGAAAGACCAUUCUCCAUUUUCGUUUCGAGUGAACUGAACUGUAAUCCCACCUAACCUGAGAUCUCGAAAUAUUGCUCAUUUUGCACACCUUAUGAGAAAUCUAGAGAUAUCUCCCCCUCAAGAUCCGAGGCUACCGUAGCUGCAGACCACCCGCGGCGUCGUCUCUGCCGACCCCGCCUGUUCUAAUCGGUUCUAACAACGGAAUAAAGUGAUUUCGAGUGUGUUCUCCUUCCCUUUUUCCAACGUCUCGCGGCCUCCGAAAACGCAUAUUGUUGAGGCCUUUACGAGCUCCUCUGCCUUCAGCCAGCGCGCGCGAGUUUUGUUGGAUUCUUGAUGACCUGAGCGGUUCGGCAAAAAUCGUUUUCUUCUUCUUCAGCUAUUUUUUUUUGUCUUUUAAUCCAGUCCAGGCUGUCAUGAGUUCCGUUAAGAAGCUGCUUGUUCUAAUUUCUACUAUUCACAAAGUAGUCUACUUCGAAGAAAAGAAAAUGAAUAAACUAGAAUAUUCCUCCUAAUAAGAAAACCGAAAAGUGAACUUGAAUCAUUCGAGAAAGUCUGACGUGUCUGCGCCCUCUCUUCUCUUGGCGGCGACAGAACAAGAAAAUAAGAAGCCACAAAAAAACCUUAACUGUUACUGCAAAACCUGUUACUCUAUAAGCUAUCUCUGAUAACGAAAAAGGACAAAAAGAGUUAUUUUUUCGGCAGAAGAUUCUUGAAAUAUAUUGCCUCAAAAAUUUCUCAACACGUUUGAGCCGCGUAGCGGCCUCCUUGAACCAUCUUUAGGACAGUUUUUGUCUCAUUGCACCCUAUAAAAACUUCUUUCGAACGGUGGCAUCUUGUAGCAUGAAGAGGAAACCGUUCAGACUCUACAGAAGCUUCAGAAUGAUGAAAUACCCUAAAAGGCUUUUCGUUUCUCAUGUCAAGACUUCGAGCAUUAGAAAAUCGAGAGUAUAACCCGCGAAGCAGUCACUUUUAUCCAUCUUCAGACAGCUUUUGUCUCAUUGCACCCGAUGAAAAAACUACUUUCGCACGGUGGCACCUCGUAGCAUGAAAAGGAAAUCGUUCAGAGCCUGGAACAGCUUCAGGGAGACCACCACAACAGAAAGAUGCAAAUAAUUGGAAGUCUCAGAAAAAUCGAGUAUACAAGCCAAAGUCCAUAAACGGACAUCUGGCUCAUCAGUCAUCGCUUCGAGAUUGUCUCCAAGAUUUUUCCCGACUGAUUUUGCCGCACUUUCCUCCCCGGCCGCCGGAACGAAUCGAUCAAGGAAUGCGUUGA